GCUGCCGUAAGGUUCAGGCCCAGACUGAUUCAGGUUCUGCAGGAAAUGCAAGUGACAUCAAGGUUGGACCCGAAGUAUGGCGAACAGUUCGGGUGAGAAACCUGCCGAGGUGGAGGAGCGAGGACACUGGGGGAGCAAGCUGGAGUUCCUCCUGGUCGUAGCGGGAAACGUGGUCGGCCUCGGCAAUGUGUGGAGGUUUCCUUACCUGUGCUACAAAAAUGGAGGAGGUGCAUUUUUGGUGCCAUAUCUGGUGUUUGUGGUCACCUGUGGCGUCCCCCUGUUCCUGCUGGAGACCACCAUAGGCCAGUAUACUCAGGAGGGAGCCAUCACCUGCUGGAGGAAACUGUGCCCACUGGCGGAAGGUAUUGGCUAUGGUGGUCAUUUGAUUGUCCUGUACGCCUCCAUGACGUACAUCAUUAUUUUGUCAUGGGCUUUGCUCUACCUCGUGUUUUCCUUCAGCUCCCAGCUGCCCUGGGCCAGCUGCAACAACUACUGGAAUACAGAUGACUGUGUAGACUUUUCAGCGCAAAAUGACACCUUACCCUUGACCAAUGGGACAAAGUCUAUGUCUGCUGCCACACAAUUCUGGGAACGACGUGUGCUGGCCAUCUCCAGGGGGAUUGAGGAGAUUGGCAGCAUCAGGUGGGAAGUGCUGUCGUGUCUAAUUGUGAUGUGGAUCAUCUGCUACUUUUGCGUCUGGAAAGGGGUCAAGUCCACAGGAAAGGUGGUAUACUUCACUGCCACCUUUCCCUAUGUGAUGUUGUUAACUCUUCUGAUCCGUGGACUCUCUCUUCCUGGAGCACGUGAAGGAGUAGCGUUUUAUCUUCUGCCUGAUCUGUCCCGGCUCACAGACCCUCAGGUGUGGAUAGAGGCAGGGACUCAGAUCUUCUUCUCAUACAGUGUUGGUGUGGGCGUCCUUACCGUGCUAGGCAGUUACAACAAACACAACAACAACUGCUAUAGAGACUGCUUGUACCUGUGUUUACUGAACAGCGGAACCAGCUUUGUAGCUGGGUUUGCGGUCUUCUCUGUGCUGGGAUUCAUGGCUCAUAAGCAAGGUGUCCCCAUCGCAGAAGUGGCAGAGUCAGGUCCUGGCUUGGCAUUCAUUGCGUACCCUCAGGCCAUAGCCAUGAUGCCUCUGCCCCAACUGUGGUCCGUCUGCUUCUUUGUCAUGCUCAUCCUCUUGGGUCUGGACACGCAAUUUGUUGCCAUGGAGGUGGUGAUGACGUCCAUCAUGGACAUGUUUCCCAGUGUUAUGCGCAGGGCCGGCCGGCGGGAAAAGUUCCUCCUCUUCUUCUGUCUAACAUGCUUCUUCUCUCAGCUCGUCAUGAUCACUGAAGGAGGGAUGUAUGUAUUCCAGAUGUUUGACUACUACGCAUGCAAUGGAGCCUGCCUCCUCCUCCUCUGUACGUUUGAAACGCUGGCGCUGGGAUGGAUAUUUGGUGCUGACCGGCUGUAUGGCAUCAUCAAGGACAUGACGGGGGUGCGCGCGAGUGGGUUCUUCAAAUUCUGCUGGCUCUACCUCACACCCCUGGUCUCCCUGGGAUCUUUCAUAUGUUCCUUAGUUAAGUACCAGCCUUUGACCUACAAUCGCCGGUAUGUGUACCCAGCUUGGGCGUAUGCCCUGGGCUGGGUUAUGGCCCUCUCCUCCAUCCUGCUUGUGCCAGGAUGGGCACUUUAUAAACUGCUCACUGGGACUGGGACCCUCAGUCAGCGCUUCCAUCACUUGUGCCAACCUGUCCUUGACUCCCCCCCAACCCAAACAAGACAAACAGAGCUGCAGAACAUGGGAGCCGAAGCGUUGCAGCCACUUACUGCCAAGUGAAAGGAAACACCAUCUCCAUCUUGACUCC